AUGUUAGAAGGAAAUAUUUCACUGAUCGUGGAACAAUUACUAGAAUUUCAUCAUAAAGACAUGGUAAUAAAACAGUUCAGAAAUUAUAAUGAAGCUGCAUUCCAAGUGGCAGUGGCAAAAUUAUUUCCUUCUAAAAUUGGUGAAUGCGAAAACAUGUGUAGAGGAAUAUCUAAUAUUGUGCUAGAGUUAAAAUAUAUAUCGCUAUUAGGUUUAUAUAGUGGUGAAGAAGGAAAGUGGAAGGGAGAUAUUGAUUAUAAAACAAUGCUUAAUUUAGAUAACACUUUAAAAGAGGAAUCCGAAUUUGAUUUAUUAGAAAGAAUUUACUAUCAUUGGUGCAAAGAAAACAAAUCGUAUAAAGCUACUAAGAUUCGAAAAAUAGUAAAUUCAGGUAUAGAUCAAGUUCAAAGAUAUAUUAGUUUAUUAAAUAAAGCCUCCGUUGAUGAUUGUAAUGUAGAGUUAAUAUCGCCGGGUCUUGGUACUAUAGGAGGUUGGCUUGUUUGUUUUAAUAGGUUCACAACGUAUUUUAACAAGAAAAAUAGAUGA